CUAGACCCGCCGGGGCGGGGGUGCCAUGUCCCGCGAGCGGCCCCCCCGUACCGAUAUCCCUCGCAACCUGAGCUUUAUCGCUGCGCUGACUGAGCGCGCCUACUACCGCAGCCAGCGGCCCAGCCUUGAGGAAGAGCAGGAGGAGGAGCCAGGCGAGGGUGGGACGCGGCCCGGGGCCCGAUCCCGUGCUCACGCUCCGAGUCGGGGUCGCCGGGCUCGCUCUGCGCCCGCUGGAGGCGGCGGGAUCCGGGCGCCCCGCAGCCGUAGCCCGGACACCCGCAAGAGAGUGCGUUUCGCUGACGCGCUGGGGCUGGAGCUGGCUGCCGUGCGCCGCUUCCGCCCCGGAGAGCUACCCCGGGUCCCCCGCCACGUGCAGGUCCAACUGCAGAGGGACGCCCUCCGCCACUUCGCGCCGUGCCAGCCCCGCGCCCGCAGUCUCCAGGAGGCGCGCGCCGCUUUGGAGCCGGCCAGCGAGCCGGGCUUCGCCGCCCGCUUGCAGGCGCAGCGAAUCUGCCUGGAACGCGCCGAGGCGGGCCCGCUGGGCGUGGCCGGGAGCGCGCGGGUGCUGGACCUGGCCUACGAGAAGCGCGUGAGCGUGCGCUGGAGCGCCGACGGCUGGCGGAGCCAGCGCGAGGCCCCCGCCGCCUACGCCGGUCCGGCCCCGCCCCCUCCGCGCGCGGACCGCUUCGCCUUCCGCCUUCCCGCGCCCCCCAUUGGGGGUGCCUUGCUCUUCGCCUUGCGCUACCGUGUGACCGGUCGCGAGUUCUGGGACAACAACGGUGGUCGCGACUAUGCUCUACGUGGGCCCGAGCACCCGGGCAGUGGUGGAGUCCCGGAACCUCAGGGCUGGAUCCACUUUAUCUGA